AUGCAGAUGAAGAACACCUCUUUCGAAAGAACUCCCUGGGGCGUGGUUGAGCCAAGCUAUUACAAAGCACCAUCUAAGGUGGUUUCCAUUCCUGUUCGCUUCGUGAGUUCAGAGCGCAGCAGAGGCGAUUCUGCCAUAAAGAUUCAAAGGGUAUUGAGAGGGUUUCUGGUGAGGAAGACGUUGAAGAAGAUCGCGGCCAUGAGGGUGGAGUUGGCACGGAUUGAGAGCGAGAUUCGAGUUGAAGUGGUGAAGAGGGAAGCGAAAGAGAGGGUGAGGGUGAUCGAGACCAUCAUGAACUUGCUUCUCAAGUUGGAUUCGAUUCGGGUAUUGCACUACUCUGGCCUCAGGGAGUACAGAAAGUCUGUUAUCAGAAAAGCUAUUGCCCUUCAGGAAAUGCUUGAUCAAAUGGGUGUCGCUGAUUCUGAUGAGGGCGUGAAAAUGGAAGAGAAGGAGGAGGAAUGUGCUGUGGAAGAAUGGAAUUGUUUGGUGAAGGAAGAAGAAGAAGAAGAAGAUAGUGGAAUGGAAAAUUUGAGGAAUGAGGAAGAGUAG